AAUAUAUCCUUCCAAUCAAAAUAACAGAAAGAAAAAGAAACACUCUUUCUUAAUGGGGAGCACAAAAAGUGAGUCCUACUUUGUCUUUAUGAGCUAUGAUCCAGAAUACGAGAGGCUUCGAGCUGAUCGAACCAAGAGGGGGGCGCAUGAACUUGAUUUGUAUCUUAGUAGAAAGCACGAUGAGGUCUUAGCAAGCACCCUAGAGCCAGGAAGCUACAAGAAGAUAUCUUCUUUGGUCAUUGUUGAUGGGUUUGCAGUGGAAAUCACCGAGGAUCAAGCCAAUAUGCUCAGAUCUGCAAAAGGAGUGAGGGUUGUGGAGAAAAAUGAAGAAGUAGCUUAGUGUAGAGUAGGAGAUCAGUGUUAAUUUUCAGGAGAAAAAUCAAAUGAGUUUUGUUCAAUUAGCUUCUCUACUCUUGAACUUUCUCAUGGUGUUUAAUUUGCUAUGUCAGUGAUU